AUGUCAGCGUUCCUUAAAAAACUAAAAUUGACUGGCUAAAAUUUAUUAAGAAGUAAUAUUUUAAUAGAAAUACGAUUUCGAGUUUCAGCACCAAAUUAGAUAGGAGAAGAGAGAAGUUAAGAACUCGUGAAGGAGAAUGCGUAGAUUAUAUUCACUAAAUAUUUAUAAAAAAUGACAAAAAUUUAUAUAAUAGACCAGGGGGACUGCGAAGUCAUUAAAGAUAAUAGAAUUAAACGAUAGGAAUCAUAUAAAUUGAGAGAUAGCGGAAAACUUAAUUAAAAGAUGUAUUAAAUAGGCAUUUAAAUGUAGGAUAAAAAGAAUUUUACAAGUGGAGUGAGUAAAUUAAAAUCAAACAUAUUGAAAUGA